AAAAUCAGGCUGCCGGAGCUUCCCUCUAGAUCUCUCUCAGGAGCUGCUCUGCUCGCCCUCUCAAGCACAUGCUGAGGGUAUUGUCUUCCCUUGCCCAGAGAUGGACAAUGAAGUGACCUACGCAGACCUAAAGUUUCAGGAUUCCUUCAAGCCCCAGAGGAUCCAGGAGUUUGACAACAGCCGUGAAAUAGAGCACCCUGCCCCAUCUCCUGCAUGGCGCUGGUCUGCCCUGGGUUUGCUCACCCUCUGCCUGCUGCUGCUGAUUGGGCUGGCAUCCUUGGGGAUCCUGUUUUUCCAGGCCCAGAAAACAAAUAUACGGCAGUUGAAUGGAUUGGAGAAAAAUCUGUCACUUCAGCUGGAAGCCAUUGCGGUUAUCUCAAAGGAGAAAGAAACGAUCCAGUCCAAUCUAACACAUGCCCUGCAGGAAAUGGCCACCCAACUCUGCCGAGAACUGACCAGAAGCAAGCCAGGUAACCAGAUUUACCAUGCCUGCAAGCCCUGUCCGGAGACCUGGUUUUGGCAUGAGAAGAGCUGCUAUGGUGCAUCAAUAGUUAAACAAACCUGGGAAGAUAGCAGGGAGGCCUGUGCUGCUGUAAACUCCAGCCUGGUGAAGAUUGACAACAAGGAAGAGUGGGAUUUCAUAGCAUCCCUUCAAAAUCGUCAAUACCAUUGGGUAGGUUUAUACCAAAACCCCAACGGCAGGCAGUGGGAGUGGGAAGAUGGCUCAGCACUCUCUCGUGACCUGAAUUCACUUGUCAGUGGUGAUAGAACUGGAGGAAAGAUGUGUGCUUACACCUAUGGAUCUUACUUCUACAUUGAUCCUUGCACAGAUAAGCAUUAUUAUAUUUGCGAGAAAGUCGCUGGUCUCGUGAAGAAGCUUAUAGCAGGCUGAGCUGGAGAGCAAUGAAGACCCGCAAGAUUUCUGUGGGCACCUGAGGUCCGAGACUCAGGGCAGACAUGGAGGAGCUGAGGGACUUGUUGGUUUUGUCCUUUUCCAGACCAAAUUGUCACUGCUGUACCAUCUGGUCAGGACUGAGACCCAUCCUGAUUGGUGGUUCCCUGCUGCUCCCCAAAGCCCUUCCCUUCUCCCCAUUUCAGAUUUCACCUUCCAGCCUUCCUGCCCACUAUACCCAAAGGGAUAUGUCCAGUUCCAGUCUUCCAUUCCCGACACACAAACACACACACGCGCAAAUACAAAAAAACACCCAUAAUCACAAAUAUUCCGUUGAUCCAGGCUUCCCACCUCUACAGGCCAUGUUCUCCGAAAGUCAUUCGUCCAUCCCUCAGGAUCCUGCCCCAAAAGAAGGCUAUUUUUUACAGGAUUAAUUAAUGAUUAAUGAUGGCAUUUAUUAAGUGCUUACUAUGUGCAGAGCACUGUUCUAAGC